GAAUGGGUUGGGCGUUUUUCUGGAAUAAGGUGAUUAUCACAGUGGGUCUCCAGUCACCUCUCUCCGUGCUAGUGGAGCAGUAUCUCAGUCAGUCUCUCUGCGUCCCCUCACAGCUCACGGGACACACACAGACACAGACACAGUGCUGGGAAGGGGACACGCGAAUCACCUCUUCAGUUCAUCUAGAGCGGGAUAUUUGCCUUCAAGAGUGGAUUAAAAGGAACGUUUUAGGCAAGAACUGAGGGGGUGUUGUCCAAAAUGGAGGUGAAGACAUCACUUCUCGACAAUAUGAUAGGGGUGGGCGAUAUGGUCCUCAUUGAGCCCCUAUCAGAAGACACCUUCAUUGAGAAUCUAAAGAAGCGAUUCGAUCACAACGAGAUCUAUACAUACAUUGGCAGUGUGGUGAUCUCCAUGAACCCUUACAAGUCCCUGCCCAUCUACACAGCAGAAAAGGUGGAGGAGUAUCGCAACAGGAACUUCUACGAGCUCAGUCCGCACGUUUAUGCUCUGGCAGAUGAGGCCUACCGGUCCCUGCGGGAACAAGAUAAAGACCAGUGCAUUCUCAUCACUGGAGAGAGCGGAGCAGGAAAGACGGAGGCCAGUAAGUUUGUGAUGUCAUAUGUGGCGGCAGUGUGUGGGAAGGGCCAGGAGGUGAACAAAGUGAAGGAGCAGCUGCUUCAGUCCAAUCCCGUGCUUGAGGCAUUUGGGAAUGCCAAAACUGUGAGGAAUGACAACUCGUCUCGAUUUGGGAAGUACAUGGAUAUCGAGUUUGACUUCAAAGGAGACCCCCUUGGUGGAGCCAUCAGUAAUUAUCUCUUGGAGAAAUCUCGUGUGGUAAAGCAGCCCAGGGGUGAGAGGAAUUUCCACAUCUUCUACCAGCUGCUUUCUGGAGCAUCAGAUGACACGCUCAAAAAACUGAAGCUCGACCGAGACUUCAGUAAAUACAACUACCUUAGCCUGGAUUCGGCAACAGUCAAUGGACUGGACGAUGCUGCCAGUUUCAGAACAGUCAGAAAUGCCAUGCAAAUUGUGGGCUUCAUGGAGGAUGAGGUUCAGUCAAUAUUGGAGCUGGUGGCUGCUGUUCUGAAACUGGGAAAUAUCGAGUUUAAACCAGAGUCUCGCUGCAACGGCUACGAUGAGAGUCGAGUCAAGGACAAGAACGACCUGAAGGAGAUGUGUGAGCUGCUGGGCAUUGAGCAGUCUGUGUUGGAGAGAGCGUUCAGCUUCCGGACCGUGGAGGCCAAGAUGGAGAAGAUGUCCACCACGCUCAACGUGGCUCAGGCCUAUUAUGCCCGUGAUGCUCUUGCCAAAAACCUUUACAGCCGACUGUUCAGCUGGCUGGUGAACCGAAUCAAUGAAAGCAUCAAGGCUCAAACCAAAUCACGCAAGAAAGUUAUGGGAGUCCUGGAUAUUUACGGUUUUGAAAUCUUUGAGGACAACAGUUUUGAACAGUUCAUCAUCAACUACUGUAAUGAGAAGCUCCAGCAAAUCUUCAUCGAGCUUACUCUCCGCGAGGAGCAGGAGGAGUAUGUCCGUGAGGGUAUUGAGUGGACCAACAUUGAGUAUUUCAACAAUGCCAUCAUAUGUGACCUCAUCGAGAAUAACAAGAAUGGGAUUUUGGCCAUGUUGGAUGAGGAGUGUUUGAGGCCAGGCACAGUGACAGAUGAGACUUUCUUGGACAAGUUGAAUACGGUGUGUGCUGAACACCAGCACUUUGAGAGCAGACAGAGCAAAAAUUCCAAGUUCCUCACAGACCACAGCCUACCACACAACUGCUUCCGCAUCCAGCACUACGCUGGCAAGGUGCUGUAUCGGGUGGAGGGAUUUGUGGAUAAAAACAAUGACCUCCUCUACAGAGAUUUAUCCCAGGCCAUGUACAAAGCCAAUCACAGCCUGAUAAAGAUUCUCUUUCCUGAGGGAAACCCAGCUAAAGUGAACCUCAAGCGACCCCCCACUGCUGGAUUCCAGUUCAAAGCCUCAGUAGGAACGCUCAUGAAGAACUUGCUGAGCAAGAACCCCAACUAUAUCAGGUGCAUUAAACCCAAUGACAAGAAAGCAGCCCACAUUUUUACAGACUCACUAGUGUGUCACCAGGUGCGCUACCUGGGUCUGAUGGAGAAUGUGCGUGUACGAAGGGCUGGUUAUGCUUUCCGCCAGGCAUACGAGCCCUGUCUGGAACGCUACAAGAUGCUCUGCAAGCAGACCUGGCCCCACUGGAAGGGCCCAGCCAGGGGGGGUGUUGAGGUUCUCCUGACAGAUCUGCAGGUUCCUGCUGAGGAGUUUGCCUAUGGACGUUCAAAGAUCUUCAUCAGGAACCCAAGAACGCUCUUCUUCUUGGAAGAGAAGAGGAGGCAGUGCCUAGAGGAUUUGGCAACACUCAUCCAGAAGAUCUACCGUGGCUGGAAGUCCCGCACUCACUUUCUGCUGUUGAAGAAGAGCCAGGUGGUCGUGGCCGCCUGGUACCGGAGAUUUGCGCAACAAAAGAAAUACCAGAACAUCAGGUCCUCUGCCUUAGUGUUUCAGUCAUUCAUCCGAGGAUGGAAGGCCCGGAAGCUUCUGCGUGAGCUGAAACACAAGAAGCGGUGCGAAAAGGCCGUCUCAACUAUUUCAGCAUACUGGCAUGGAACUCAGGCUCGCUGGGAACUGCGGCGUCUUAAGGAGGAGGCAAGGAAUAAACAUGCUGUGUCUGUCAUAUGGGCAGCUUGGCUUGGAACUAAGGCUCGGAGAGAAUUGCGACGCUUAAAACAUGAAGCUCGCAGUAAACUGGCCGUGUCUGUCAUAUGGGCCUGCUGGCAAGGAACUAAGGCACGUAGAGAGCUGAAACGCUUGAAGGAGGAAGCCAGGCGUAAACAUGCCGUCGCUGUCAUUUGGGCCUACUGGUUGGGACUAAAGGUCCGUCGGGAAUACAGGAAGUUCUUCAGAGCUAAUGCUGGCAAGAAGAUCUAUGACUUCACCAUCCAGAGAAUUAUGCAGAAGUACUUUCUGGGCUUGAAGAAGAUGCCUUCCAUGUCACCAGUUGAUAAGAGCUGGCCAGCUCGCCCCUAUGGUUUCCUAGACGGGACACAUCAAGAGCUCAGGAGAAUUUUCCAUCUCUGGAGGUGUAAGAAAUACCGCAGCCAGUUCACAGAAGAGAAGAAGGCUACCUACGAGGAGAAGCUUGCGGCUAGUGAGCUCUUUAAAGAUAAGAAGGCCUUGUAUCCUAGCAGUGUGGGGCAGCCUUUCAAAGGAGACUAUGUGGAGAUGACAAAAAACCCAAAGUACCAGAAGCUGAACAGCUUUGUAGAGGAUAAAGUUCUGGUUGCAGAUGUGGUCAGCAAAAUCAACCGUGCCAAUGGCAAGGGAGCUCCAAGAAUUUUCCUCCUGACCAAGAAGAGCUUGGUUCUGGCGGAUCAGAAGACGGGCCAGGUGAAGGCCAGCGUUCCCCUGCCGGACCUCAGCAGUGUUUCUGUGAGCACACAGAACGAUGGCUUUUUCGCCCUCAAGCUCAAAGAGGGUUCUACAUCUGCAGCCAAAGGGGACUUCUUGCUGAGCAGUGAUCGACUGAUUGAGAUUAUCACCAAACUUCAUUGCAUUGGUGCUACUUCAGCUGAUAGAAACAAGAUCAAUAUCGAUAUUUCAGAUGAGUUCUUAGUGCAGUUCAAGCAGGACAAAGUGUGUGUAAAAUUCAUCCAGGGUACACCAAAGAACGGCAACGGUGUCGCCUGCAAGCGUAAAAACAACCGUCUUCUGGAAGUGUCCGUUCCAUCACCGUAAGGAGCGGAUCGGCUCUGCCUACUGAGUGGUGUCAUCUCUGAGAUUCUUUACCCUCCCCCAAUCUUGCAAUUACAUGGAUCCUGUCAUUGUCAUUUUUGAUUCUAUAUAGUCAAAUCAGCAGGUUUUUGGCACCUUAAAUAUUUUACUGCCUCCCUGUUUUUAACAGUGGGGGGAAAGUGCAUCGUUCUCUCUUCCCAGUUUGUGGGUCUCAUGAGAACUAGUCUUUAACUAAAAUGAUGAUAAUAAUAAUAACUAUUAUGAUUACAGUGAAAUGCUUUGAGGCUGGCAUUGCCCGAAGAUUCGCUUGGUGAAUCUCACCUCAUGCUCUGCUCCGCAAUAGCCAUGUGUUUGAACCAUUGUGUUUGCGUGAGCCUCUUGCUGGGAGAAAUUUUGUAAAUAGAGAUGCUGAUAGGGUUUUGUUGGGCUCCUAGAAGGAUGCUGAAAAGCUACACAAUUUAAGAUUGCACUUUUUCACUAGGGUGUUGGUAAGAAAAGAGUAGUUGGUUUGUUUGUUUGUGUUUAUUUUUCUGUUCUAUUCUCAUCUUGUGUUUCUAGCGCAUUUAUUGAAAAAAAAAAAAAAAAAAACCUCAUCUGACUUUUGCCAAAUAAGGCAUUUUUACAAUCCAAAACUUUGUGCCAUUUAGCUGUUCCUCCCCAGGAGAAAGACAAUAUCUUGUAUACAUUAUAGUGCAGAAACUUUAUUUAAAAGCCAAAUAAUAAUGAUUCUUUUCAGUUUCAUGAUAAAUGCCAAACAAUAUCAUUUUAAAUCCUGCUUUUUCACAUUUAUAAAUGCUUGCUUUAUUCUUUACAUACAUUAAAUCAGGGUAUUAUCAUGAAAACCACUUGUCACUAAAAUGCAAUGUACUAUACCUGCAUUGUUCGUAUAUAUUCAUGCAGGGCAUCAUUUUAUUCAUGGGUCCCAAAUACUGACUGCAGCCCUGCAUUUAUGAUGGAAUUUCCAAUGCUGUAAAGAUCUCUACUAAAAAGAUCUCAGGGGCAAUUAUGCUUAUGUGGAAAUGCCUCCAUACAGCAGGAAGACUUGAUUCUCACAUCUGGGUUGACUUAGACCAGCAGUCAAGACAGCUGGUGAACACUUGUUUCAGAAGGCCUUACAGAAGAAAAACUGAUGCUAAUAACCUCCUCAACAAUAACGCCCUGGCUGGUACGAUCUUUGCCAAGUCUGCUUCAGUCAGUCCCUUUACUUAAAGCUGCAUGUACAUGAGCUGUAAAAUUUGUGUGGACCUUGUAAGGAAGGAGGCUAAUAAUAGUAGGUAGUAUGUUGUCCUAUAGCUGUAUUUUGGCAAAAUCUAUAUGCUUUUUUUGCCACUGGAAUGUGGGCUGCAUCAUUUUAUUUUUGGCUCACACACAUCUGCUAAUAAUAAAUGCAGUGUUUUUUUUUUUUUUUUUUACAUUUGACCCACAUCAUGGCACUUUUUUUUUUUUUUUUAAGGAGUGCAAACAGCCAUGCAUUCUUUGGACGCAAGGCACACAAUACGCUCUGCUUAAGUGUAUAUGGUGUUUACCAAGAUUGUGGAUGAUGUUUUUUUUUUUUUUAAGUCAUAUUUAAUGUGAUAUUUUCUCACGUUUAGUGGAUUUUUGUCGUCCUGAUCUGCUGAAGACAAUGCCCACCAAAGUAACUUCUGUGCUUCUGCUUCAGUUCUACAAUGCUUUUUGUUGUGUUUUGUAAUUUUACAGUAAAAGCAUUUCAAGAGUUUAGGGGAGUGGAUUAUCAUCAGUAAGGGACAUUUGUGGAAGCUGAAUUACUUUGAUCUAGAAUUCUGCAUAGUGUCCGCCUUUUAUGCAGUACGCUCUAGAUGUACCACCUUCUCUUCCAUGUCAAGAGUUUAAAUUGAAAGAGGGGAAAAUAAUUGUUGUAUGCAUUGUUGUGUGCCUAAACCUGUUCUGAAAGACAGAAAACAUGGAAGUGUUUCAUUAACUACUAAGUGUAACAAAUGACAAGUAAUCAUUUUUUUAAAUUAAAGCAAUAAAUAAAUGACUUUGGAUAAUCA